ACACAUGACAGAUCAUGAGUUUUUCUUGACGUCUUUGCGUUAGACAAGGAGGUAUAUUUAAACCACUUUCAUUCUAUGUUCACUGCUCAGUUGCCACAGAAACUUGACAAAAUGAAGACCGCUGUUGGAAUACUCGCUUUUGGACUUUGCCUAGAAUUGGCACUAUGCCAGAUAAACCCUGCGAUGAUGGCGAUGUUAGGUCAGGGAGGUAUGUCAGGGAUGGGCGGCAUGGCGAUGAUGCCCGGGAUGGGAAUGGAGAUGAACGAUAUCUUGCAGUACCAGAGACGUCCUAACACAGCCAUACUCUCGUCUCUCUCCCAGAUGAUGUCCAACAUGGGCAGGAGCGGAGGUAGCGCAGGUAGCGCCGGCUCCGGCUCGUCGUCAGCCGGUGGUUCCGGUAUGGGCAUGGACCCCACCAGUCUCAUGCUCCUCUCUGGUGGCGGACUCGGUGGUGGCAUGAGUAAUGAUUUGAUGCAACAGAUGAUGAUGAUGAACAUGAUGAACCAAAACCCGGAUCAAGGCCAAGGUCAAGCUCAAGGUCAAGGCCAAGGCCAAGGCCAAGCACAAGGCGGUGGAAUAUAUUCCCGGAUCGCCGGCAUGCUGGGAGAUAUGGGCUCAGGCAUCAGCCCCGCCCAGCAGGGCCAGAUGUGGACGUAUCUUACCAUGAAGCAACUCACAGAGAGGAUCAUGUCCGCCGUCAGCGACCCCACAGGACGAGUACAGCUGGAGAGGGACGGCAUUCUGACUGCUCCUGACACAACCACCCAAAUGAUGAUCGCAUCCAUGUGCCCAAGGCCAACAGGCUGCAUGAUGCCAUUCUGUGGUGAGACUGCGGAGAUCCCUUUCACGCCCGAGAGUUUCUACAUGUGCCGAGGAUGCCCCCGCUGUCGCCUCGAUACCAGCCAGCAGUCAAUGAUGAAUAUGAUGUCACAGUUUAGAGGUAAUCGUGGCGGCGCUAGCGGUGGAGCUGGAGGUAACAUGGCGCAGCAGAUGGCUAUGAUGAGGAUGAUGCAGGGAGGCAGCGGCGGCGGCGGCGGCGCCUCCAACCCCAUGCUUACCAUGGCGCUUCUCAACUCCAUGAACCAGCAGUCUCAGACCCCCACGGCCCCUACCUCUUCCCAGCAGUCUCCUCCCCCGCCACCCGGUGGCCCUAUGUUCCCACCACGAGGCCCACCAGCGGCGACCGGAAAUAGUGCAUCUACCGGAGGUGGAUCCGCACCACCACCCGAGUUUGUUAACUACAUGCAAAAGAUUCGCGCCCAAAUGAAACAACAGAACCAGGCAGCCAAGACAGCGCGAGGUAGCGCCCCUAACCCAGCCGCAUAAUUGUGACGUAACACGUGGAUCAUAACGUGGAUAUUAUAAUGACACGGGAAAUGGAUUCAACAUGAGCGAAAUUCGUGCAAUUUGUGGAUUAUUCCUGCAGUGUUUUUAUUAUUCAAUUUAGGACUCCAUGGACUUAGUUUGUUAAAGGACAGUGAUAAGACAAUGAAACGAAAGACGAACUAUUCUGGUUGUGAUGAAAUGCAUGGAAUAUCCAUGUGUUCAAUCGAUCAUUAUACUGCUAAACAUGUUUAUCAUAAACAGAAAAAGUACGAUCGAAAUUUAUUUGCAAAUGUCAUCAUAACAAUUCAUUAUUUCGAGUUAUUUUUUAACCAAGAUUAUAAACCUUAUAAAAGAAAAUAUAUAUAUAUACAUAUAUUUUUCACACUUUCCUUAUUCUAAAAAGUCGGAACCAAUGUUUAUUUCAGGCGUCACGGCAACAUGGGCAUACCUACAGUACAGUGAAUGAAAUAUGUCACGUGACUUCCGGUUUCGUCAUUGUUUUCGUCCAUUUCGUCUGAUGUCAUGUCAAAAUUGCAACAUUUUAUUAACGUUUUCUUUCAAAUAAAUUCUUCAAACAUCACGAACUGCUAAAGUAAUGGAGACUUUAAUUUCCGCUUUGUUGUCCGUUGUCUUAAUUGUCAUUUUAGCGCGAACUCCUAAAGCGUUUGUAUAUUCAUGACAAAAUGUGACGUUAAUUUAUUGUUUAUGCGAGAGAGUGUGACAUUAUUUAUGGAGCGAGAAAGUCAAAAAAGUAAAAGCGUCUCCCUGCGCAUUUAAGAAGAAGUGACAUCUGUCACAUAUGACAAUUAUAUAGCAUUCAUUAAAGCAAUACAGAUUGUUUGCAGAUGUUUUUAUACGCUGGGGAGAAAUGCAAAGCUUCGUUGUUGAUGUCAUGGUGUGGCUUGUUUUAAAGUCUGUAUUUCAUGGUUUGUUUAAUAAAAGUUUGUAAAAUGA